AUGGCUGGCAUUUCCGCGGGUAAGAGCACAUGGAGGUCGAGGCAGGAGCUGAUCAGAGCAACUCUCAAGGAGAUUUCUCGGGCUCAUGGGCUGAGCAAGGGGCACACGUUGAUAUUCGGGGGCUGCUCUGCAGGAGGGAGAGGAGCGAUGUUCAACUUGGAGUACCUCCCUGAGUUUAUUCCUCAAGGAGUCAAGAUCGCCGGAUUCUUUGAUUCGCCGAUGUGGGUGGAUAUGGAGCCUCUCGACGCGGGAGCUGUUUCCUUUCAAACUCAGACUGCUGCUGUCUUCAAGAUGACAAACGCGCAAUCCCGAAUGGGUACUCGGUGUGCCUCCAUCUACACCAAGGAGAGCGAGCAGUUCAAGUGCUUGUUCGGAGAAUACAGAGCUCCGACCAUCGACCUUCCGUUCUUGGUGGCAGCAUCUCAUUUUCAGAUACGUUCCAACACUGGUGUUUCACCACCAUAUGAUGCUGAUCAACUUGCGUACGUUGAGAGGUUCCGUCAAAGAGUGCAACAAGCCAUGAUGCGCCUGAACGUCUCUCAUGUUGCAUCUUUUGCUUAUUCUUGUUAUGGACACUGCAUCUCUGAGGGAAAGACUUUCUGGACGCAACAAGUGGCUACUAAUCAUCGUCGACACCAACUGAACUUGUCGUAG